GUGACUUCCUACAGGUGUAAACCCUCUUUUUGUCAUAAUAUUAGACGACUCGACGGUCUCUUCUGUUUACGUACAGUGUUUUGUUUGUGAAAUUAGCUUUAUUGGCAUGAAUUUUACAUUCUUAUCAUACGUCACAAAUAAGAGCGUAGCAAAAUACUGUACUGUUUGGUGCCAAAAUUCAUCCACUUUGAGAAUCAUGUCACGUCCAUCGAAUUCACGACCAUCGUCAGAUAUGGCAUCCUUCCGAGAAAUCGUGAAGAAAUCGAAACACAUUGUCGCCCUAACUGGAGCAGGUAUCAGUGCUGAAUCUGGCAUACCUACAUUCCGUGGAGCCGGAGGAAUAUGGAAAACAUUUCGUUCGCAAGAACUUGCAACACCAUCCGCAUUCAAAUCAAACCCCAGUCGUGUGUGGCAAUUCUACUCCAGUCGACGAGAGAAUGUCUUAACGAAAGAACCGAAUGCGGCACAUUAUGCGUUGGCUGAAUUUGAAGCAAAGAUGAGUAGUGUGGGAAAACGGUUAGUUGUGAUCACUCAAAACGUUGAUGAACUACAUAAAAGAGCCGGAUCAAAAAACAUAAUCGAACUUCAUGGAUCACUUUUCAAAACGCGAUGCACGAAGUGUUCUCACACAACCGAAAACUACGACUCUCCGAUCUGUGAAGCGCUCAGAGAUGUGGAUGGCGAAGAUAAGAUUAUUCCGAAAAAUGAACUUCCCACCUGUAAACAGUGCAACAGUUUACUCCGACCGGCAAUUGUUUGGUUCAACGAACAGCUCGACGAAACUGUACUCAGCAAUGUCGAUACAGAGCUUGAUUCAUGUGAUCUGUGUCUUGUUAUUGGAACGUCUUCAAUCGUUUAUCCUGCCGCUAUGUUUGCACCGUCAGUCGCGGAAAGAGGAGUACCAGUUGCUGAAUUUAAUAUUGAAGAAACUCCUAGUACAUUGGACUUUGGAUUUCACUUCAAUGGACCUUGCUCUGUAACUUUGCCACAGGCACUCAUGGACUAAAUGCGGUGAUUGUUUGUAGGUGUAGGUAAAAAAAAAGUUUUUGAAUUUUUGCAAAUAAAAGAAAAUUGAAAA